AUGUCUCUCAUUUCUUGGAAGUCCAAGAAGCAACAAGUUGUGUCUAACUCUUCGGCUGAGUCUGAGUACAGAGUCAUGGAGUUUGCGUCUCGGGAAGUUGUGUGGUUGCGCACCAUGGUUGCAGAAUUCCUUGCUCCUCAGUCAAAGCCUGUUCCUCUGUUCUGCGAUUCAAUCGCGGCUAUUCACAUUGCUAGUAACCCGGUUUUCCAUGAACGCACGAAACACAUUGAGGGAGAUUAUCAUCAAGUUCGUGACCGCAUCUCUGCUGGCUUCAUCAAGACCAUUCAUGUUCGCACUGGCCAGCAACUCGCGGAUAUCUUCACAAAACCUUUGUUCCCUGCUCAGUUCAAUGCUUUGUUGUCCAAGAUGGCUCUUAAGUCUAUAUACUUGCCAGCUUGA